AAAUAGAUUUCGAAAGUAUUGAUCGGAUUAUAAAAAGUGUAUUUAUUUUUGCGAUAUACGAUAAAUAAUAUUAAAGAUAAAACCAUGAAUGUUAUAAAGGCACUAAAGAUGUAUAUCACUAAAAUGACUGAAGAGAGCGGUCCAGGCAUGAAAGUUAUUCUUAUGGAUAAGGAGACUACAAGCAUCGUGAGCAUGGUGUACAGUCAAACAGAAAUAUUACAAAAAGAGGUAUAUCUGUUUGAAAGAAUAGACAACCCAAGUAAAUUUGACAAUCUAAAGCAUAUGAAAUGCAUUGUAUUUCUACGUCCUACUUCUGAAAACAUUGCAUUAUUGUCUAGAGAACUUCGCUGCCCUAAAUAUGGAGUUUAUUUUAUAUAUUUCAGCAAUGUGAUAUCCAAGGCUGACAUCAAGACAUUGGCAGAGUGCGAUGAGCAGGAGGCAGUGCGCGAGGUGCAGGAAGUUUUUGCUGACUAUUUAGCAGUGGAUAGACAUCUCUUCUCAUUCAAUAUUGUUGGAUGUUUGCAUGGUCGUUCAUGGAAUCAGAACCACUUGCAGCGUGUGUCACAGGGUCUGCUGGCGUUAGUGAUGUCAUUGAAGAAACGAGCGGUGGUUCGCUACGAGGCGUCCUCGGAACCCUGUGCACGGCUUGCGGAACGCGUGCGGGACCUCUUACGCCGGGAGACUGUGCUCAUUGAUAAUUCAAUACCAUUCAAUGGUGACGUGCCAACUCCGAUACUACUUAUUCUUGAUAGAAGAGAUGAUCCUGUUACACCGUUGCUUAAUCAGUGGACGUACCAGGCGAUGGUACACGAGCUGCUGGGCAUCAGCAACAACCGUGUCAGCCUGGCACACGUGCCUGAUGUGCACAAAGACUUCAAGGAAGUUGUGCUCUCCUCCGAGCAGGAUGAAUUUUAUGCUAAGAAUCUGUAUUCGAACUUUGGUGAGAUCGGGCAGACAAUCAAGUCUCUGAUGGAGGAGUUCCAGCGUAAGGCAAAGAGCCAUCAGAAGGUCGAGAGCAUUGCAGAUAUGAAGAACUUUGUUGAAACGUAUCCUUUAUUCAAGAAAAUGUCUGGAACGGUGACGAAGCACGUGACUGUAGUGGGGGAGCUGUCAGCGCUGGUGGGCCGGCACCAUCUGCUGGAGGUCUCCGAGCUGGAGCAGGAGAUAGCCUGUCAAAGCGACCAUGCUAAGCAUCUGCAGCGCCUAAAAGCGUUAAUAGGUAAAGAAUCGGUGAGGGAGUGGGACGCGGCGAAGCUGGUGGCACUGUACGCGCUGCGGUAUGAGAAGCACGCGGGCAACGCGCUGCCGGCGCUGCUGGACGCGCUGCGUGCUCGUGCUCGUGCUCGUGCUGCAGGAGGUGCGAGCGAGGAGUGCGUGCGCGCGCCCGUGCUCGCGCUCGAGUGGGGCGGCGCACACGCUCGCAAGACUGACCUCUUCGGGCUGCAGGACGCCGUCAAGAUUACUAAGAGAUUGUUUAAAGGUUUAAAUGGUGUAGAAAACAUCUACACACAACACACUCCACUCCUCAAGGACACCAUAGAAGACCUAAUUAAAGGCAAACUACGUGAGAAUCUCUACCCUACAUUAGGAGGAGACGAGACAAACGGACGGAGACCACAAGACAUUAUCGUGUUUAUUGUAGGAGGCGUGACUUAUGAGGAGUCGCUUUGCGUACAUCAAAUAAAUCAGGCGAAUCCUGGUGUUAAAGUAGUAUUAGGAGGCACAACUAUACAUAAUUCAAGCUCAUUCAUGGAAGAGAUAAAAUCUGCAAUGCAGGGUGUGCAUCGAACACACACGAGGCAUAUUAGGAAUGUAUAAAAUUCUUAUAUGGGUUUCUACUGAUU